AUGAAGUUCACUGCUAUCAUCGCCUCUCUCUGCCUGGUUGCGGCUCCAUAUGUGGCUGCAGAGGAUACUGUUACCUCAACUGCAACCACGACCAUCACCAAGACUCUGGUUCGCGUCAAUUCAGUGACCCCCACUCCUAGUUCCACCGCAAGCUCCAAGGCAAGCAGCAUGAGCACAGUCUCUGCUUCGACUUCAACUCCUCUGUCCAACGCCUCCUCCUCUACGUCUGCUGCCGCUGCUGCCACCUCGAUCGGUGCUGCAGCCAACAUUGGCGCUGGCAUGCCGGCUGCUUUGGUUGCCGCUGGCUAUAUCGUUGUGAUGAUGGGCCAAGCCCUGUAA